GGGCCAGAGCGGCACAGGUGAUGGCCAGAGGCAGUGCGGAGCCCCGCUCCUCCAGUACCAGUACGGACACCAUGAGCUCGGCCCGGGGGUAUCGCUCCAUCCUCACCGCGGCCUCCAGACUCUGCUCCAGGAGAAGCGCCCCGCCACCCCUCCGCUGUGUGGCCGCUAUGGGGGAGGAGAAGCGGGCCCAGCGCAGGUCACAGUUCAGCCUGCCUUCACCAGCCCCCCACCACACUCCGCUCACCACCUUACUGCCAUUCGCCACCUCCACAUAGGCCGAGCCCGCCGCCUGACUCAGGAACCCGGCCCGUACAUAGACCCCGCGCUGCUCCGCCGGGCCCCGACCCACCCGGAGCGCCUUCCCUUCCUCCUUCACAGCGUACAGCGCCGGGCUCUGAGAGCCUUCUUCCGGGCCCCGCACCCGCCGACUAUCUCCAGGCAUUUCCACACACAGCACGGGGAGCCUGCCGGAAGUCACCAGAGAGAAGUCACUUCCGGCGCAGCUGACCACGCCCCCAUGCCUAGACACCGUUCAACCAAUCCUUACGUUAGCUUUGGCGUCUUAGUGACCAAUCAGCGAGCGGCAUUCUUUGUUUCCGUCAAGGUCGCGGUGGCCGGAAGACACUCCGGCGGCAUGUGGGCUCGGAGAGUGCUGGGGUCGCUGCGCUGUGUGCCCCGCCUGUCAUCCGCUGCUGGGUCUAUACACGCCGGAUACCGGGCCUCAGCCGUGCCCUGGAGGAGAGCGCGUGUCCUGCCGAGGAUCUGCCCGUACAGCACGGCCCCCUGGGAUCAUCAUACACCGAGUGCAGAGGAGGAGAAUGGAGCUGCAGACCUGCCAGAGUUUAACAUCAAAGUAUUAGUAAAUUUACUGCGGCAGGAAAACGGCAAAGACCUGUGUGUCAUCAAACUUCCUCCAGAGAUGAAAUAUGUUAAAUAUUUUAUUAUUGUUGGUGGAACCUCAACAAGACAUCUCCAAGCCUUGGCAGAGUAUACUCUGAAAGUGUACAAGAAUUUGAAGAGCGAUGUUGCGUCACAUGUUUGUCUAGAGGGAAAGGACACAGAUGACUGGAUGUGUAUAGACUUUGGUGAAAUUGUAGUUCACUUUAUGCUGCCAGAAACUAGAGCAACCUACGAAUUGGAGAAACUGUGGACUUUGCGAUCACACGAUGAUCAGUUAUCGCAGAUAACACCAGAGACUUUGCCUUCGGAUUUCACAUUUGGACUUCAGAAAAAAGACUGAGGUGUUCAGUGCAAUGAUUUCCUGGAAAUAUUGGAAUGAAUUCUGUCUGCCAUGAUGUGCUUGUACUGUUCCUUUAAAGUGGAGGUCCACCCUAAAAAAAAAAAAAAAAAUUCACCAAAAUUCUACAAAAAAA